AUGGACUACCCUCCCUGUAAACCUUGCAACUGUGUUGGAAAGGGUUGUGCCAAUGCUUUUCCACCAGGAACCAGAGUUAUAUGGCCGGAGCUGCAAGGUGCAAAAGGAAAAAAAGCGAUGGAGAUAAUCAAGAAGGAAAACAAAUAUGUGACACCUUUGCUUCUCGGGCAAGGCUCAGUACAUGUUACUGAUGUUUGCUGCAACCGUGUCUUUGUAAUUGUUGAUUCUGAAGGCCCCAAUCCCGAAGCCCAUGUUCGUGGCUACGCAUUGAGGAGUAAGGACUUUGAAUCUGAAGGAUCUGAUGGUACGAUUGCAGGAAUCCUGAAGAAUGACAAAAAAUUUAAGUCAAACAAGUACUUCUACGUUAUAAUACGAGGGACACUAGCCGCUCCUUCCCAUUGUGAGUUGCUAGCUAGGUCAUCAUCAAUGGGGCUUCUUCUUGUCUUAGUGGUUCUUCUUCUCUCUUCACUACUACUACUACUAUGCCUACCUCGUACAGCCAAUUCAGCUUCAGAUUGGCUAAACCAUGGCAAAGAUAUAUAUAACAGCAGAUAUGCUUCGGAAGAGUUUAAGAUAAGCCCAGGAAGUGUUAAGAAAAUGGAGUUGAAAUGGGAGUUUUUUGCAAAAAGUAUAACAGCAACACCUUCUAUCUUUAGUGGGACACUCUAUUUCCCAAGUUGGAAUGGGAGUAUAUAUGCGAUUAAGGAGUGUGAUGGAUCUGUGGUGUGGGAGAGGAACGUGAGUGAUCUCACUGGGCUUAACGCAACAGGUUUUGUUGGUGGGGUACUGAACGUGUCGUUAGCAAGAGCUACACCAACAGUCGCCGGAGACCUUCUCAUCAUCGGAAUUUAUGGUCCUGCUGUUGUUAUUGCGGUUGAACGAGCUACCGGUGAUUUGGUCUGGUCAACUAUGCUUGAUACCCAUCCCCGAGCUGUUAUUACCAUGUCUGGUACUGCAUUCAAUGGAGCUUUCUAUGUGGGAACAUCUUCAUUAGAAGAAAGCUUAAAUAGCAGCCAAUGCUGCACUUUCCGGGGUAGCCUGUCCAAAUUAGACAUCCAAACGGGAACAAUAUUAUGGCAAACUUAUACUCUUCCAGACAAUGGUGGUCAAUUGGGAGGCUAUGCAGGAGGUUCAAUAUGGGGAAGCAGUCCUUCCAUUGAUGUAAUCAGAAACCAUGUUUAUAUUGCAACCGGAAAUCUCUACUCUGCUCCACAAUAUGUAAAGGAUUGCCAAGCGAAAGAGAAUAACCAAACAACCCCAACUCAACCAGAUAAGUGCAUUGAGCCAGGUAACCAUGAAAAUUCCUUCUUGGCCUUUGAUAUGGAUACAGGUAACAUCACUUGGUAUAGGCAACUGGGUGGGUAUGACAUUUGGUUUAUUGCUUGCAACAAUCUUUCAACACCAAACUGCCCUCCUGGUCCAAACCCUGAUGCUGAUUUUGGUGAGGCACCCAUGAUGCUCACCAUAUUUGUCAAUGAAACUAGACAAGAUAUUCUAGUUGCUGUGCAGAAAAGUGGUUAUGCUUGGGCUUUGGACCGUGAUACUGGUGACAUCAUCUGGGCCACUUUUGCUGGACCUGGCAGCUUUCUUGGAGGAGGAAUAUGGGGAGCUGCAACAGAUGGUUUGAGGGUUUACACAAACAUUGAGAAUGGUGGUCAAAAGAAUUUCACCCUUACACCAUCUAAAGAAAACACAACAGCAGGUGGGUGGGUGGCAAUGGAUGCUUCCACUGGCAAAGUGAUAUGGUCGAUAGCAAACCCAAGCAAUGCUACCUCUUAUGGACCUGUUACUGUGGCUAAUGGGGUUUUGUUUGCUGGGUCUACAAAUUCAAAAGGGACUAUAUAUGCAAUGAGUACUGAGAAAGGGGAAAUAUUAUGGUCAUAUGACACUGGUGUCUCUGUAUAUAGCGGCAUUUCAGUAAGUAAUGGAUGCAUCUAUGUUGGAAAUGGAUACAGACUGCGUGGAGCUAACACCUCACUCCUUGCCUUCUGUGUCAUUGAUUUAUGA